AUGGAUAUGAAGGAAAAUAUAUCACCGGCCAGUAAUGAGCAUAGGGGUUUUAAGUUUGAGAUUCAAAAGCCGAAUAGACGGCAUACUCUUGUUCCAACACAUAGUAUACUAAAGCCUUCGAUUGAUAGCAACAACACGAUCGUCAUCAUUCCCAGUAACAAGAUUGAAAAGCGCAGAGUUUCGUUUGCGCCGGAAGUAACGCUGCAUAAGAUCACGCAUUACUCUCGUUAUCUGUUGAAGGCUCAUGCAUCUGAUAGGAGGAAUUCGUUGCCUCCUUUACAUUCAUAUAGUCAAGAACGACGUGUGGGAAAGUCAAGUUUGAAGAACGUGAUUGUUGCUGAUGGGGAAAAUUCGUCUUUAUUUGAAGGCAAUGUGAGUGAUGAAGUUGAAUCCAAUGAUGAGGAUUAUUCUCAGAAAGUGUCUAAAGUCAGGCCCGUGGCUAUUGACGAGGAUACCUCCACGCAAACGAUGGAACUUUCUACUGAUUUGACAAAUCAACUUCAAUCCCUUCCCUCUCCUCAUCAAAAUAUGGAGUGUGUCGAUCCCAAAAUUUGCGCUAGCAAUGGAAGUGCGAAGGAACUUAAUGCUAAAGAUGUGUUUCAAGAGGCCGUCAGAGAUCUCCAGAAAAGUGAUUUAGGACGCAAGAGUUUUGGUGUGUCCGACAGCGAGCAGACGAUGGACUUUACAAGCGCCUUCGGUGAUGACCGGCUGAGCAUUGUUUUUGAUAAUGAAACCAAGACAAUGGAGAUGGAAAGCCGAAGGGGUACUCUGAAUUCUAUUCUUUCUGGUGGCAUUGACGAGGUUGAUGAGACGAAGACUAUGGAAUUGACUGGACCCAUUCCCAAGUUGCCGUCCUCAGGGAAAACUAUUGGUAGUGAGCGUUCACCAGUAGGACCUAGUAAGCGAUCAUUGGUUAUGAAAGGGGUCGAAUAUGAUCAGGGGCAUGUUUCCAAGACAAUGAGACUUGGAAUGCCUAGUUGCGAUGCUAUAUCUUCUGCGGAACCCAAGCCGAUAACGGAUGAGGAGAAGAUACCUCCGGCAAUGCUACAGGCUGGCUUUAAUAGUGCAAAUGUUUCUCUUGGAGAUAUUAGUUAUAGUGAGCAGCUAAGUACUGAGAUGAUUCCAUUAGCUGAGAUCUCCAGCGAAAGUAUAGAAGAGCCCCAUGAAAAGUCUCAAAUUACUGUGGAAUCUGAGGAGGGGAUGGUAGAAGAUGAUGAAGAGUACGAUGAGGAUGACGAUUAUGAGAAUGUGACAUUACCGACAUUCUUGGAUGAGGUUCAUGUUCAAUUUUUUGACGGUAUUGGACCCUCGGACAGAGAACUCACUGCUGAUGUUGAUGAAAAUCAUAAGGCAACAUUGAUCGAGUAUGUUAAGGCUGCCAACAAUAUUCCUGAAUUUCGUUAUUUCGAGCACCUUAUUAAGCAAUAUAGGAACAGCAUCAAAAGUAUCCAUGCUAUCGUCGAAGACUUCGAGCAAAACGUUAAGGAAAACAAUCCUACUUCUAUAAGAGAGUACUAUGAACAAACAGAUGUUCUUCGAAGAGACUUGAAAAUCAACUACCAGGCAUUGGCUAGUUAUACCAGGCAGCAGGCAAAGCAAGAGAAUCUAUCUUAUCUCAUUAACUUAUUGGACCAGUUGAAGAAGUCGUAUGAAGAUUCAAGCAGUUUAUUGGAUGUUCAACUGGAGAAGGUGAUUGAGAUUCGUAAGAGAAUUCUUCUAAGGCAGCAGGAAUUGAUUGAACAAAAGUCAGAACUCUCCAUAAGCAUUGCGAAGAUCAAAAGCGAAGCUGCUAAUCUUAGUGAUAACGACAGGGUUAGAAGCAAAGAUUUUAUGGUUCAUAUCAAUGCUUACAUUGCAGAAAAGAGAAGAUUAGAGUCCAAGAUUGAGGAAUUGGGUAAGGUUCAAGAGAUCAAAGUGGCGGCAGUGAACGCUCAACAACGUUCCAUUAACCAUCUCAAAGAUGAAGUGGAAGACCUACAACUGAAUGUCCAGCAUAUGAAGGUUCCUACAGAGGCCGAAAUUGAGGAAAAACAGAAAGAACUAGAGAUGCUUGAAACAAAAUCGCAGAUAAGGUUUGCGUCUCUAGAUGAGAAAUUAUGUCGUAUUGUGAUCAUGAAUGAGGUGGAGAUUACCAUAGAUCUUGAGAAUAAUAAGAAGCGGUUGGCUAUCCUUUACAAAAAUGAAAAGCUUGCACAUCUCUUGCACAAUCAGCAGGUGUGUAUGGAACAGAUUUCCUAUCGCUCAUUGAAAGAAUAUAUUACAAAACUAAAGCAGGUGUGGACUAAGUUCAAAAUGUUGGUUAGAGACGUAACUCUGAUGAAGAUGAGGUACCAAUCGAUAGAGACUGGUAAUUAUCUCAAAGAUGGAAUCAUAAUAUAUCGGCCUGGGCAAUACAAGAUGGAGCUUAGCUACAAGCCGGAGGAUCUUUUGCGGUUCCAUGAGCCCGUCAAAGUUGAUGUCAACCUACUUCUAUUAGAUGAUGCUCGAAAUAUGGAUGCAUCUACAGUUUUGGCCAUUGAAAUGGCCAGAUCGAAACUCAACUUGGCCACGAUGAAAAGAUUCAUCGUGAAAUGA